AUGUCUGUCUUCGAUCUACCUACCAUUGUCGAGUCACUACGACUGAGGAGGGUAAAGCUGCGCAAUGACGCUCUCACGCUUCUAAGAACAUUCUCGGUUGCGAAACUAAAGCUCACGCCUCGUCAUUUCGUGGUGCUCCUGGAUGGCCUACUAAAGCUAAUAGAGAUAGAGCUGGAAGCAUAUAGCAAUAACUCCAGUGCUGCCACGCAGCAACGAUUGUUGACAGCAUCGAGCUUGGUCAAAGACAUCACAGAAGAGAUGCUUAAAUCUGGUCAUGUCCGAUAUAAGCACUUCACUUCGCUUGUGUCAAAUAUGAUGGCUCUAUUCUACGACUCGAAGUCUCAAUUACUACUAGCCCCAUGUGUUAACAAUUUUGGCCAGAUCCUUAAUCAUCUAUUGUAUCAGCAGUUUUACAUCAUUCAUCUAUCACUCGAGUCGUGGAUCAAGCACUAUAACUUUCUCGUCAAACUGCUCAAGCUAAUCCUUAAAUUGCCCAACAACUCGUAUUUAGAUUUUUCCCAAGAAUCACUACUCACUGACUUGCUCAGCUCAUUGCAUUAUCUUAUUGGUGGUGGAUCCUCUGAUGUGUAUGAGCCUCUCAAGAAGGACAAGCGCUACUUAACUUUACAAGGGAUCCUCAAAGAUAUCUUUGACCUUUAUAACGGUCGUGAAAGUGCUGUCCUUGUCGAAGCAUUCAAACUCAUCAUAAAGCUCCUCGUGUCAUUGUCGACAGAUGAUGUAAUCUUCUGUCAUAAACUUAUUCACGUUGCACUCUCACCACUACUAGCAUUUGUACACACUUCCGUGGACACGCUAUUGACACAGUUUGUCAUUUUUCUUAACAUUGACUCAAUUUAUCGCUACCUCGACAUUGAUGGCCUUCCGCAGCUAAUCACUCUGGACGUAUUUCCAGCAUGCCCAUCUGAGGAAGAUGAAACCAACCUAGACAUUGGAGACCCUAGGGAAAGUCUUCUGUCAAUGUACAAGGUCAGCGUUCUUGCUCAAGCCUUGUUAAGUCGACUUGUCAAUCUGCCUCUCAGACUUACGAUCGAAGAUGUUGGUUCUGUUGUUAGAGCGAGUGCUCUCAACUGGUUCGAGCUUCCGACUAUGGAGCUCCGAACGAAUAAGGAACUUUUGUGGCUUCUCUAUCUUGGUACAUGUAAGUUGCUCUGCAAAUACUAUGAGUUGAGCAAGCUGAAAAAUUUCGUGGAUGUGACCCAGAGCUUCAGAACAAAUAGUUAUAAAAGGCUCAAGAUACAGAGUACCAAACUUGACAUUUCCUCAUUUGAUGAUAUGCAACUGCUAUUGAAAUAUAUGAUUGAAUUCACUGAUGACUCGAAGAUACAAACUGUGGGACUUCAACUCCUCGCCUUCACUUGCGAUAGUGUCCAAUCACGUCAACCGAAUACAACUCAAGAGUCGUUUACCCCAUUAGAUGCCGAAGUAAACUUCAAUGAGACAACAGUUAUCGAUAUUCGUCUUGACGAGGAAAGUUCGGGGCAUGAUUAUGGUCACGGUGUAAUAUGCUGUGUCAUCAAGUGUUUUAAUAACGCAACGCUUACAUACUGGUGCUUGUUAAGUACGCUAUCUGUCUUGAGAAAGUGUGAUUUACACCAGAGUCAUUGUGAUGCUAAUUUUAUUCGCCGGUUGCAUCAACUUACUAAGCUCCUUGUUCCGCUUAUAAAAAACAAGGAGUUCUCGGAACUAGCAUGUAAAUUGUUCAACCACAUAGUGUUUUCCAUCGACCCUGAAAGGUUAAGCAGCAUAAUAAACUCCACUAUACUUACCCAGCUUGAAAGUGUUGUGGAUUUAGCAGAAAUUAGUGGCCCGAGUCAUAUCCAUAAUGAGGCGAUCUGCUUCUGGUGGGCCUUGCAUUGGGCAAUGUCCAAGCUGACUCUCAACAGGAGCGAAAAUGUUAGUAAGGGCGCUGGUCGUUGGCUCUUGUCUAAAUGGAGUGAGGGACCUGUAGAACAAGCAGAUGGAAUUGUUGUAUCACAAGAUUGCGAUCAGCAAAUGCUAGCUGACUUCAUAGUAUGGUUGCAUGGCCAUAUCGUUGAUUCUCGCAAAGCUAUCUCUUGUCGUCAUCCAAACUCCCGCUUACACCGAAUAACUCAGCCGCUUUCAGCAAACUCUCAAUUUGAACAGUUCGUCUCAUUGGAGAACGACUCUAUAGAUGCUCACGUACAUUUCGUGAGCGUUCUCCCAUGCGCUGGAAAUGAUUUUGUUGUCAACUCGAUCAUCGAUAGAAUACUGAGAGCAUCGACUAAUUUGACGACGGCAAAUGAGAUAUUGUCAGCGCAGCUUUAUCUCGCUAAGUUUGUGACAAUACUAAAACCACUAAUAAUGAAGCACCUGGAAAAGGGGAUAGAAGUGGAGCAAUUACCUGAGAAAUUUUGGAGAGCCAUAUUUAUGGGUCUAUCAACACAAGAAGAAUUUGUGCAAGUCCUUGAAGAAUUCAACUCAGAGCCGUUAAAAGGUAUCGCUUCGUCCGAGAUUAACAUCAUUAGAAGGCAACUCGAGGAAUUCUAUCAUGGGUUUGUGACGCCCUCACAAGACUUCAGCACUCAUGACUCCUCUGAUGUUCAAUUUGACCAAGAAUUUUCUUCUUCGUCGGUGAAACUGAGAUCAACAAUUGUCAACAAACCUUUCAUUUCAUCAAUGACUAGAGUUGCAUACUUUCGUUUUUUAAGUGACUACGACAAGUCAAAUCCGCUAUUGCUUGAAAUAUUGAGUAAUUGCGAACCAGUCGCAGCGAUUGAAUGCAUCGAAUAUAUGCUCAACUCGGCGUCUGUGGAGACACUAGAUGAUAAUUUUAUAAUGGGACUAAUAAGACACCUUGGCGAAGGGCCGCUUUCAUCGCACUGGAUUGAUAGAUCAAGUCAGACAAUCGUACUAACAUCAAAACUAUUGACCAAGCUCAUGCCACUUGUGCUACAGCCAAGAGAAUUUGAUUGGAAGAAGGACUUCCUAGAUCUUCUCAAUUUCCUUACACAAUGCGAAAGAAAAUCGCUAUUUCUCACGGAGAAUGCUAAGUAUAGCGUAUCUUAUAUUUUUUUGGAAGCGCUGUCGCAUUCGUUAUUUGAAAAGUUGUCAGACGACGACAUUUUGCGUAGAAUUCUAUCUACGGAUUCGAACUCCUUGAAAUCUCGUUUGCUGAAGCCUGUUGAAAAACACAUUAGCCAGUCAAACUCAAUUAAGCAAAUAGAGAUAUAUCGCAAAAUAUUUGAAUCAUUCCCUCAUCCACAAGAAACUGUUGAAAAGGCAGCGACAUAUUGUUACUUUCUUGGAAAAAUAUCCAAUGGCACCUCACAAGUCAUGAUAUCAGCUAUAUUUAAUCUUCUUGAGUGCUCAAGAUUCGAUUUCUUUGUCCCGUAUUUGGAGAAAAGCUUCCAAAUCAUGUCGAAUACUGUACACCUUGAAACUCGCAAGCAGCUAUUCUUGACAUUUAGACUUGAAAUAUUGAAGUCAUGGUGGCAUAACGGCAUUGCUUUCGAGGAUUUUCCGUAUGGCUUAUUCAAUUAUGUGAACUACAAGGAGUUUAUCGUUGAUAAUUACAGACAGCUUGUUGCUGUAUGCAUCGCUGUAAGAUCUGAGAGAUUAUCCCCAUUGGCAGUAUCUGUUUUAAGACAAAUUGGUAAUUUCAAGGGCUAUGACACCCAAAGCUUGGUUUAUGACUCAUUGUCAAUACUAAUACCUUUAGCGUAUACCUCAGGCGGCGUUCGGAACGAGGUCUUCAAAACGGUUCUGCCACAUUUAAAUGAUUCAUAUAAAGGCUAUUUGAAGGAGAAGGUUCUACUUAUGAUACUUGAGGCUCUCAAGUUGACAAAUGUGUCGUCAGAAGCAUCUCUUGCUGAAGUCUGCUCUCAAUCAAGGGCUAGAAAAAUUUUUAAUUCUGAAGUAAUACUCGACUCUUCAAUGCGGGCAACGAUCACCCCUGUCUCGAGUGUUGACCUUAUGAAAGCUCUCAUAUCGAAGUUCUGGGCGCCAGAGCGUGGCAAAUUCUGGACUACUGAUGUUUGUUUUUUUCUUAUACGUCAGAUGGGUUUGGGUAUUCAACAUGAAAACGUAGAAGAGAUCCAUUUGUGUCUACGAAGAAUCAAAUUUGUCAUUUGCCAGUCUGAUGUCGAAUUUCGCAGUCGCCACAUGAUUGAGUUGCUUGUCGAUAUUUGCGUCCCCUUGUUACACGUUGAGCUAUAUCAAGAUGUUUCAACCUUACUUUCCUUAAUUGAUUUCGAUGCGCUCAGUGAAAUUGGCAGCAGGGAGGCGUUCGUAAUUGUCGGAAAAAUUACUAAUGUGAUCUUCAAUAAGCUCACUGUAUCAGGCGAAGUUCUUAACUUCUUCUUAAAGGUAAAAGAGAGCUUGACUCAGCGUCCUCAAAUGUUUGGAUCGUUUACUUCAGUUGUUGAAAAAAGCGUGGAUAAGCUAAGCGGUAUUUGUAUCGAGGCUUUUGUGGAAGAUUUUGAGGAUGUCCUUCAUGACGUUGCCUGUCCGGCUACACCGUCUUCUGUUACUAAUAUCACUCUUGACUUGCUCAAGAGCAUAUACUGUGAUGUCUCUAUACCUGCUCCAGUAAAGACUGACGAAGAGGUAGUAAAACUCUUUUUGAGGUACGAUUUUUCUGAUACAUCAGAUAAUGAGUUUGGCGCCUGGGUAGCACGUUACUUGAGCUCAUACUACCUAACGAGCUCCAAUGAGGGUGAUAUCUCGAACCUCAUUACUCGUGAGGAAAUGCCCAAUAUUAACAGAACUCGUUUCAGUUCGUUAUGCUCCUCAUUAGAUUUUAUUGCUGAUCUUAUUUUAGAGUUGCUGCAAGACGGGGAUUACGAAGCAAAAGCGUUUACUGAAAGCAUUAUUGGUGCCAUUAUAUGGAAGUAUGAACUCCGUAAAGAUGAUUCAACCAAGUUCCUCACAGUCGACAAAUUUUACGAAAAAAAACGUGAGUAUAUUGUUCCUAUGGAUUUUCAUUCGUGCCUUUUAGUCAUAUCAGGAAGCGAUUCAUUGGCUAUUGAAAAUGAAGACCUCAAUUCGAUAAUCAACUCUCUCGAAACUCGUGUGAAUGGUUGUAAGUUCUUCGAGUGGUCAAGCCAACUAUCCUUAGCUUUUUUCCAGGAAGUUGCAAAAUUCUCGAGCAUGGCAUCUUUAUUCGCGAGUUGUAUCAUAAGAUAUCCGUCUCUAGCAGCGAGAUGCAUCCCUGAUCUUGUUUGUUUCUACGCCACUUUGUUAGGCACUCGAGGUGCACAGAUUGUAUGUGAUCUUGUCAGCAAAUUGUGUGAUUGCGUGCAUAUCAUGGGGAAGGAGGGUGUCUACUUACUUGCUGACAUUGUGUUGAGAUUAAGGAUUGGUUCAAAGAUCGAAGGAAGCCCUUUUAUCAAAGCCUACAAUAAGCUUAAUCUUAUUGAGGUUUUCACUGCUUUGAAUUCGAGCGCACGCUCUAAAUCUGCCCUUAUGAUUUUGGAGGAUGCAACCAAAGGACUAUUGGAAAAUAUUGAUUGGAAUCUUCAUCGCGGCUCAUUGAUUCGGAUUUAUGAAUCAAUUGAUGACUAUGAUAUGUUGUUUGGCAUCCCCGAAAAUGCUAAUCUUUCUAGUGCUAUGCAAAUGGAGGGACGUUUGGGCUCGACAUCCGACGUUCUAAAAAACAGUAUGGCUCACCUUGAUGCGGCAUAUUUAAGUUCUGCCAACAUCAAUUGCAAAUCUACCAUGAACGCCCUACUAAAAAGCGGGCUUAUAGGAGUGGCAAAGCUUGUUUCUCAAAAUUUAAGUGACGGACGUGAAUGCCAUGAGUGGAGUUGGAAGCUUAAUCUGUGGGACAUUCCUUUAAAAGAUCUUCCGUUAUCUGACCACGAGGUCAUUUAUAAUUAUCUCAAACGCCUUCAUGGACAUGUACCAGACGCCUUUUCGAAAACUCUCCAAGAAACAUUUGUACAAAAAAGCCACCUUUUCGAAAGUGACUUAUCGACCAAAACGUUUCACGAAAACCUUUUAAGGUGGUUUGUUGCAUUGGCAAGCAUUACGGAGGUCGACACGAUUCUUUCUUCGAAACUGGAUAAUGAGGUCCUGGACAUCAUUGACUCAUUCAGCUCGAAAUCAUCCUGGUUUUCCAAAGCAGAUUUAAAAUGCUCAGAGAAUAUUCUACUAUGUCGUAGGGAAGCUUUCCGGUUGCAAAUCAUGUUGUCUCAGAAUGGCUCACUCGCGACAACUUCGCCAUUCAUUAACCGCAAUUGGGAGGGCCUUAUACAAGACUUACUGGUUUACGGUGCCGUCGCUCGUCUGAACAAUCAUCUUCAAAAAAUGAUGAAUGCUGCCGUGCUCCUAGAUGAUUUCGUUAACUCUCCAGAGGUAGUCAAGUUAGAUGAUUGGCCGAGAAUACAAAGGUUCGCCACAUUCUCGAUUGCGCAGACUUUGUGGGCACAAGGCAACAUUAAUACCCCCAUAGCAAUGCUUAAGAAUUCAAGCGAUGAACUUAACCCCGAUAACAACAUUCAUCCUUUGAGCGUACAUUCUGCUAUGAUCACGUCGCAAUUGGUACAAUGGCUCGCUGAAUCAAAAGAAGAGCUCGGCAGCAAAAUUUUGAAGAAGUAUGUGGAGCCUAUUGAAGAUUUAAUUGCAGAAGUUGAAAAUCUUGAUCAGAGAUCCAAAUCCUACCAGCUUUUGGCCAGCUUUUGCGAACAACAAUUCAAAAUGAGCAGCUUGAAUUCUCAGAUUAGCGAAAUCAAGAAACGGAUAGAAAGUAAAAAGGGCGAAAUUGAAGUAAUAAAAUUGCACUAUGGUAAAACUGCCGUGACACCUAGUGAAAGAAAGUCUGUUCAAAAAUAUUACAAUCGUCUAAAAGGUCAGGUGGCUGCAGACUCGCUGGAACUUGAAUCCUUGAUUGAGUCUAAAAUGACCUUUGCAUCGAAGAGUACGCGAUUCUACUUGAAGGCAUUACUUACUGACAAUGGAGGAAGCGAGAGUGUGGACAGAUUCAUUUCUCUAUUUUUAGAGCUAUCAUCAUUCCAGUCUCUUCAAUCAUCGCUAAAAGAAGAGCUCUGCUUACUUCCAAGUCAUAAAGCCCUCUCUUGGUGCACUCAAUUGAUGGCUCGUCUUUCAGAUGAUGAGUCAGAUUUUCAAACCUCAGUGCAGCUGCUCAUUUCCAGAAUAUGUUACGAUCAUCCAUACCAUUCGCUUUACAUGUUACUUUCUUUGUUGUAUCACAAGCAACUAGCUCAGGAUACGAAUAACAACGCUAUGUUACUCAGAGUGGAAGCUGCAAUGAAGAUCAGGGAGCAGUUGACUCAAAAAGAUUCGGACUUUUCUAAAAAUAUUCUCUUACCAAUAGAAAAAUUCAGUGAAGAGUGUGUUGCACUUGCAAAGUUAAAGAGCUCACGAGGAAGAACAAUUAAUCUCGACAGAAUUGAAGGCGGUAAAUACUGGCUCCAAGAGUUGCCCCAAAUACCACUACCGACUAAUGAAUUAGAGGUCUCGAAGCACGGCUAUGGUCAUGUCCCGAAAAUGUUGUCUGUAAACGCUAAGGUCAGCAUUGCAACUUCAGGCCUCAGCUUGCCCAAAAUUGCUUUGUUUACUUUAUCGGACGGCUGUCAACAAAAAAUGUUGCUCAAGUAUGGUACGGAUGAUUUGAGACAAGAUGCCACUAUGGAGCAGGUUUUCGAAAAGGUAAAUUCUAUCCUUGUCAAAGACCGUGAAUCAAGAAAGAGAUCAUUGAGGAUAAGAACUUAUAAAGCCAUUCCCUUAGGACCAAGAGCCGGAAUUAUAGAGUUUGUUGCAAAUUCGAAGGCGCUUAUUGAAGUAAUUCGCCCAUAUCAUCAUAAACAAGACCAGAUGAAGUACGAGAAGGCCAAAGAGGCUAUGAAGCAAUGUCAAAGCUCGACCAUAAAGGAGCGAGUGGAAGUUUACGAAAACAUUACAGAUAAAGUCAAGCCUGUGUUCCACAUGUACUUCAGCGACACCUUUUUGACCCCAGACACAUGGUACAGCAGCAGGCAGCAUUACACAAGAGGUUUGGCUGCUUCCUCGAUGGUGGGCCAUAUCUUAGGCUUGGGCGAUAGACAUUGCAAUAAUAUCUUGCUCGAAGAAUCCUCUGGUGAACCUAUUCAUAUCGAUCUUGGAGUUGCUUUUGAUCAAGGCAAACGGCUUCCAAUACCAGAAACUGUGCCAUUCAGGCUAACGAGAGAUAUGGUUGAUGGGUUAGGUAUCACAGGUGUUCAUGGCGCUUUUGAUAAGCUGUGUCAACACACAUUCAGAGUGUUACGAGAGCACAGAGAUCACAUUCUUGCUAUUCUUGAUGCCUUGCGAUGGGACCCGUUGUACCUGUGGUCUAUAUCGCCACUUCGAAUGAAGAGACUUCAAGAUGAGGGCAAGACGUCCGUGCCGGAACCUGUUGAGGAUGGGUCCGAGGCUAAUGCCGCUGUUCAGACCGUAGUUGAGAAGUUCAACGCCGGAGGCUUAAGUGUGGAAGCUACGGUAAGACAAUUGAUUCGUGAAGCCACUUCUACGCAGAAUUUAGCAUUGAUCUAUUGUGGAUGGUGCCCAUUCUUCUGA